ACUUUUCAUUCUGGGUGUUUUUGUUGUCGGAAUCGGCGGCGAUUUUUCUGCUCUCGUAAUAAACGCGUAUAAUUCAACCUUCUUUCUGCGAGCAACACGGAAUUUUCAAGCAAUAAAGCACGAAAACAAGUGCCAUUCGGUGACGGCAUCCGACUGAUACGGAACGCAAUCCGGAUUUCCCCGCGUUUGCACGGGAAGUAGUACGCCAGUACGGCAUCCCGCAUCGUGCGGUUUACGGCAGGGAUCAAAUAGCGACGGCGGAAAUAUCACUGGCUGGGGGGCUGCUGUGCAAAACACGACGGGGCUACAGGAAUUUACGAAAACGUAGUUCCGGUUCCAGUAGCUGCUCCGUAGUUACUGGCCAUCAUCGUUGUCGUCGUCCGUCGUCCGUCGUUUUGUGUGUCCCAUCGUGGUCGCGAUUUCGUUUCCCUAGCAAAUUCGAUUCUCGAAAAGAGUCUGUAAUUGCGGAAAUCCGUUUUCCGUCGACCGUGGUGUUCAACGUUGUGCUUUUUUAAACAGUGUUACGGCCAAAAACCUCCUCCGUGUCUAGAGACCGAAUAGUGGUGCUCCUUGGUUUCUUUGCCCCUAUCUCCCCCCUCCCAACGUCGGUGGAACGGGAGAAGAUCGGGGCGGUUUUUAAAGCUACAGUUGGCGCGGACCGCAAUCAAAAAUUAACCAGUAAAGGAACAGCUCCCGUUACCGCUACGGAAAUUGCCAUCUUCCCCUCCCUCUCUCUCUCUCGCUCGCUGUCUCUGACACCGGAAUCCGGAAGUGAUUUAAAGGAGCGUAUUCCUGUCUGACGGGAAAAGUCUUGCCUGCUGCUGUUGAACCAUCAAUCAAGAAGCUAGCAACCGUGUGGGGUUGUGCGGUCAUAAACUACACGCUCACUCAGCCCAUCUAAACAAGCCGCUCUUCGGUGUUCCAGCCGGGGUUUGUUCUCCGCCGUGUGUGUAUCGUCGGUGUGUCCGCGCGCAAGGAUGGGUGACGCAAUCAACUUUGGGCCCGCCUGGUUACGCAAGGUAUCGUCCGAUAGUAACACCGCUAGUAACCAUCACAGUACGAACAGUAGUGCCAGCAGCAGUCACCACACCAGCAGCAGCCAUACGAUGCUGAACAGCAAUAGCGGUGGCGGCGGCGGUGGCAGCACCACCAUCGUCAACAAUGCUGGCGGUGGUGGCGGCGUCGGAUUGCAUCACCAGCAUCAUCACCAGUCGCCGUCGUCGCACUCUUCUGCGUACCACUCGCUGCAUAGUCUGUCGCAGAGCGGCAGUGGUAGUAGCGUCGCCGGUGGUGGCAACGGUGGUACGGGCGGUGGCGGCCUUUCCAAUAGUUCGUUUGCCGGUGGCAGCGUGCUUGCUAACAAUGGUGGAACCGGGCCGGGGACUGCCAACAGCGCCACCGCCACCACCACCACUGCUACCGCGAUUCGGUACCCGUUGGCCGAGUUUCGGUACGGGCGCGAGGAGAUGCUGGCCCUGUUCGACGGGCGAACGGUUAAAGCGCCGGAAAUAUUGGUGCAAUAUAAGCGUCUGUUUGUGGAAAAACCGCAACCACCGCUUGCGCUGACGCCCUGCCCCGAGGAAGAGCUGAUCGUCGAACCGGAAUCACGGCGCCCUUGGCCCUCGAGAAGUGUUUCGCUCGGUAUUCCUGGCCGUGGCGCACGCGGUGGAUCAGUCGAUCGCGGCCGUGGACGUGGUCGAGGUCUGUACACCAGCUACCAACGGUCGUCCUCUUUCUACGAAGAUGAAUCCAGGGGCGUAGGAAGGGGCGAACGACCGUGGCUGGAGCGUAAUGGAACCGGUGGCAUUGGAGGCGACAUCGAGUGGAAUAACUCAUCGUCCAGUCCCCGGAAGGAGUACGGAACGCGCGUGAUUCGAACCGGCGGCAGCACGAUGGAAAGCUGGCGUCGUUCCCGCACGGACGAGGAGAGUGUCGGUGGGGUGAUCAGCAACGGGGGGGUCGGUGAUUGGCGAUCGGGUGGUGGCGCGCCGGGCAGUAUUACGGGUCUGGUGCGCGAAAAGUGGACCAGAUCGACGAGCUGGCGCGACGAGGACAGCGGCGCCGCCCAUCACGGGCUUGACCGUGGACUGAACAGCGGUGGUGGAGGCGACCGGAUGAUUCCACCGUACAAAUCGCGCCUUUCGUCUGGCAGUGGGCUCGGUAGCGGUGGCGUCGUCGGCGGUAUUGGUGAUUUGAGUUCCGGCGGCCACUCGAUGGGAGGUCCGGGCGGUAUGCGUCGCCCGAACUGGGACACCGACGAGCUGCCCGAGUGGGCAACCGAGAACCCGUCCGACUUUGGGGGCAGCUUCGAUGCGACCGGCGCAUUUCAUGAUUCCGAUAAUGAUGGCGAGAGUGGUGGCAACGUUGCUAACCGAUACGGCGGCGACGCUAGUAAUGAGACGAACGGCGGUACCAAGACAACUAAUCAUGCGAAGGAUGAUGAUCGAUUGAAAGACAUGCGACGCCGUGCGGAGGACGGGGAAGCAAUCGAAUCGCGUAGGGGCGGAUCGGAUGAGGCGUUGGGCAGAAAUAGAAGCGAGGGAGCUGCGGUGGCCUCCGGCAAGGGAAGGGGGGAAACGCCGGGAAAAGGUAUGAAUCAUGUUGGUGGUGGUGGUGGCGGCAGUGGUAGCAGCCGAGCCGAGGAAGAGUCCCUAGCUGAUAGAAACGAACCGAACGAUGACGAGAAUCUGCCGUCGACGGGGGCGAUCGAUUCGUCGCAACAGCAGAAGCAGCAACGAAUCAAACGACAGGCCGGAGGGGGCAAAGACGGUGGAAACCAGGUGUCGGGUGUUGUGCCUUCCGAAUCGACGGUAGCUCCGAGCGAACCCGCGCCAAACGCGCAAUCGAAUUCGACGAAAGGAAUAUCUUCCUCCCGGGAGUCGAUCGAAUCGUCCGUUUCCUCCACGGUCAGCGGAACGGCAGCCGGUAAUGCUGCUGCCGCGACCGCAUCCGACGGUGGGGAUGGUCGACAAAAUUCUCCGUCGUGGCAAAAGGGCAACGAAGUGUCAGCCUCCUCCAAAAACACUCCGGACCACCAGCACCGGGUGCCGUCAGCGCCGGGUGAACGACGCGAGACUGGCAAUGAAAUCAUCGAUCCCAACGACGGUGCAAAACACCACCAUCCUGCUCAGCACGAGAAGCGGAAUGAACCGAAAAAGUCGCCCUCAAGCACGAGUGUCGAUCGAAUGCAGGAAGUGGCCGACGAUAUGGUCGCUCAACUAAUUAUGGAUGAUGAGUUUCUCGCGACGGACGGCGAUCCGUCGGUGAUUUCUUCCAUCGCUGCCAGCGGCACCGGUGGAUUGGUAGGCAAAUCACCGGUCUUUGGCAUGUCUGCGGCCGGUGGUGGUGGUCCAUCUGGCCCAGCAGCAACGUCGAUGACCUCCGCCGGAGGGCUGCCAAUGAACAUGGUGCUGCCGAAAGCGCUGCAACCGAUGCAGCAGCUGUUCGGCAACGGCAACAUGUCGCGCGUCAAUCCGCUGCUGCUUUCCGAUCCGGUGGCGGCUAAUCGGGCCGCGAUGGCAGCAGCGGCUGCGGCUGCUGCCGCUGGCGUGAAUCCUAUGGCGCAGCUGCACCAUCUAAUGGGACCGCCGCGCGGCAUGGACAUCUGGUACUACUGUGACCCGCAGGGCAAGGUGCAGGGACCGUUUCAGGCCGCGGAAAUGACCGAAUGGUAUCGGGCCGGGUACUUUGACGAGUCGCUAUCGGUGCGGCGAGAAUGCGACGAGGUGUACAACACGCUCGGCACGCUGGUUGCGCUUUGCGGUGGUAUGCCGUUCCUUAACUCGUCCGUCAUACAACCGUUCAAAGCGCCUGCGAACGGUGCGAAACAUUCGCCGCAGCAACAGCAGCAACAGCAGCUGCAGCAGCAAACACCACAGCCCAACGCGUCGGCGUCGCAGGGUGGUCAGCAGAAGCAGCAGAUUGCUCCCGGCGCCAAUGGAAACACCGUGAUGCCUUCACCGAACCAACAGCAGCAGCAACAACCGGCCGGUCAGCAAGGACCGGGCCAGCAGAGCGGCCAAGCAUCUGCUGGUGGAGCAAGCGGUGGUGGUGGUGGGCCAAACGUCGUGCCCAGCAUCCAUUUGUUGCGCCAGCAAAGUAUAGUGCUGCAGAAGCUGCAAAACUUGGAAGGCUGGAACCUGCUCUCACCCGAGCAGCAAAACAUGAUCAUUACGCAGCAAAUGAACCAGCUGCUAAGCUCGGAGGCAGCCACACGCCUCGGGAUGAUAUCGCCCUCAGCGGGGUCAAGUAGCGCCGGUGGAACGAACCAGCAUCAUCAGCAGCAGCAGCAGCAGCAGGCCGGUGCUGGCAUUUUCAGUGGUGGAGGAUCAGCAGCCGGUGGUAUGCCAUCCGGGCCCGAUGCGCUGGUAAACUUGAAGCUCCGGGAAAUGCAGCAGCAGCAGCAGCAGGGACAACCGCAGCAGCAACAACCACCGCCGGCACACGUUAUGAUGGAGCAGCUGCAAAAAUCGGUACCCGGCAACCAGCACAGCAAUGCGUUCUUGAAGCUGCACUUGCCAGAAUUUAAUCAGGUGUCUCAAGCACCAGCUGCCGGUGUGCGGCCAAUGUUAGGUAACAUGAACGUUGAUCCGACGACUGCAGCGGCUGUGGCUGCGGCUGCCUCGAGUCAGUUGAUGCACGGCAUUGGGUUUAACCAUCAGGCGGCGGGACAAAACAUUGGUCCGCUAGGGCCGAACAAUCUUCUACUGAACCGCGGUGGAUUGCUGGGGGCAGGCGGUCCUGCUCAGCAACAACCACUGCCGCAACAACCGCAUCCAGCGGCGGGCAAACCGGGCGGAGAAGAUCCCAUACAGUCACUGUUCAUGCAAUUGUCAUUGCACAAAAAUCAGCAAGCGUCCCAGCAGCAGCAGCUGCCAAAUCAUCAGCCAGCGCCAAAAUCGGACAUGAUGGGUGCACCGGCCGGCUGGAUGCAAACGGGACAACCGCAAGGCGCGAACGCUGGUACGGCCACCGCCGGUGGGCUGGCUGGGUUAGUGCCGCGUGGUCCGAUGGUUGGUGCGGCUUCCGGCUGGGGCGAUCUGCCACCUCCCACGAGUGCCUCGUUUGCGUCCAUAAUGCAGCAGCAGCAACAACAGCAGCAACCUCACAUGGCACUCGCCGGCCAUCAUCCGCUGCUGCUGGGUGGCAGUGGACCAAUGAAUGAUGGAUCCAAUGAACCACAGGCACCGUCGGUUGUUUCGCUCUUCAAGCACCACCAGCAAGCGGAGAAGCAGCAGCAAAUCGAGAAAGAACAGCAGCAACAGCAGCAGCAACAACAGCUGUUGCAACAGCAACAGCUGCAACAACAAAUGCACCAAGAGAAUGUGCUAGCGCAGCAAAAGCAGCAACAACUGCAGCAACAAUCACAACAUGUGCAGGAGAAUGUACAGCAGCAGCAUCAACAUAUGCAGCAAAUGCAACAACAACAGCAAAUGCAACAAUUGCAGCAGCAGCAGCAGCAAGAGCAGCAACCACUGCAAUUACAACAACCAACACAGCAGCAGCAGCAACAGCAGCAGCAGCAGCAGCAACAAAUUCAGCAACAGCAAGUGCAGCAGCAGCAGCAGCAGCAACAACAGCAGCAACAAAAUCAGCAAAAGCAAGUGAAAGAGAAUCAAAAAAAGGAGAGCAGCACUGCCAUAGAAUUGCCGCAGCAACAGUCCGGCAAUGCUAAAAAGCAAACCAACAAGCAGCAGCCCCCGCAGCAGCAGCAGCAGCAAGUGAACAAUCAUGCUGACGGUGCGGAGGACAAAACUGGCACCAGCCAACAGCAGCAGCAGCAGCAGCAGCAAGGUCAAAAGGCGGCGAAAAAGCAGCAGAAGAACAGUCAGGCAGGGACGGGCGGCAGUAGCAACAGUAGCAACGGUCAGGCUACUACGAUCACCAGCGAGGAGGAGAGUGAGUUUAUCAUCGUGAAGAAAGAGAUGGAGGAGAAGAAGCGCCAGAAGGAGCUGAAGAAGCAGCAGCAGGAGGAGCAGAAGCGGAAGCUGGCCGAGGAGAAAAAGGUGCUCGAGGAGCUCGAAGCACAGAAGCGGGCCAAGCUGCUAGAGUCCCAGCGCCGCGAGGCGAUGAAAAUUCAGGAGCAGCAGCAGCAACAGCAGCAGCAACGCUCCGUCCCGAAGGCAGUGCCGGCACCGUGGUCCGCCGCGAUGGCUGAGAUUGCCAACAGCAAGCUCAGCCUGACGGAGAUCCAGAAAACGGAGCGGGCGCUGCUGGCACGCCGCGAGCACAGCCUGCGGGAGCAGCAGGAGCAGCAGCAGUUGCUCGAGAUGCAGUCGCAGCUGCUCGAUGGUAGGCUGAAGUGGAAUGCGCAGAACCUGCUGCCGGCCAAGGUGAAACCGUUGGCCGAGAUACAGGCGGAGGAGGCGGCGGCGGCCGAGCGCGCUCGCGAGAAGCAUGCAAACGCGUCCGGUUUGACGGUGGCAGCGAUUGCGGCGCAGGGCACGGUCAAGGGCGGAGGCGCCAAGAAGGAGGACAGUUUGGCCAGCCUGCUGGGCGGUGGUGGGUCUGGCAGUGCUGCCGGUUCGGCUGUGUGGCAGGUGCGCGGUGGCGGCAGCAGCAGCAGCAGCACCAGCAACAUGCUGUACUUCAACUCGACUAAAGCGUGGGAUGGCGAUACGAGCGGCAUCCUCGGUGGGGGAAGUGCCGGGCUGAGCAAUAGCGUUAGCUCCGGAGGCUUCUGGGAGGAACCGACGCAGCCCAGUGUUGUGACUGCUGCUUCAAUUGUCGCUGCCGCCGGUAAAGCUAGCGCCGCCGGUGCCCGAAAGCAGUCGUCCGGUGUGACCGCAUCGUCCGGAGGCAAACAGCAGCAGCAGCAGCAGCAGCAGCUUCUGAGCAAGAGUAAAACGAUGGGCAGCAUUUCCACGAGCUCAUCCUCGACUGUGACCGCCGCCAAGCAACAGAAGCAGCAGCAGGGCGCAACGAAAGGAGGUAGCGCAUCAAACGCCGCCGGUGGUAAAUCGGCCGGCAAAAAUGGCAAUGCGACUGGCAACAAUGAUCGAAAGGACGAACGGAAGCAUCCGAACGAGCAGCAGCAGCCGACCAAUGAAUUUACCGACUGGUGUACUCGCGCCCUCAGCUCAUUAAACAGCAACGUCGACAUUCCAACAUUUGUCGGAUUUCUACAGGACAUCGAAUCACCGUUCGAGGUGAAGGAUUACAUCCGCUUAUACUUAGGUGAAAACAAAGAGUGUUCGGAAUUUGCGAAGCAGUUCCUCGAAAGACGCUCGAAGUACAAAAAUCAGCAGCGCCAAAAGAAUGCCCACAUCGACGAUAUGUGCAAACCGGCACCGGCUAUAAACCCAUCGUCUAAUGAUUUCCAAGAAACCAAGGGUAAAAAUAAGAAGGUGAAAAAAAACAAGAUGAUGAAACUCGAUAGCCGAAUUUUGGGCUUCUCCGUUACGGCUGCGCCGGAUCGACUGAACGUUGGCGAACGAGACUAUGGCGAUAAUGUGUAAAGGAUCAUCUCGAUACAGUGUGAGCCAGAGAGAGAGAGAGAGAGAGAGAGAGUGAUAACAAGAACAACAAAAAAACAUCAAACAAUAUACAACAUGCGUGUGUGUAUAAACGAACGUGUGUGUGUGUGUGUGUGCGCGAAAGAGACAAAAAGCAAGCAGAAACGGCGGCGGGCGAACCACCACCACCUCCCCCCCUCCCCGAAUCCCCCAAAAGUAAAUGUGAGCAGGUGUGGUUAUGUUUUCCCAUUUCCGAUUGGGUUUUUUUUUUUAUUUUUAAUAAUGUCUGCAAAAACGUGUAAGAAAAUUUGAUUCUUUCCACGGUCGAAAUUGUAUUAGGCAAAAAAAGAAGGAUGCAGCAUGAUGGAUCCCGCAGCCUAUGGGAUCGUACGCGUGUAUGUAUAUCGGGGUGAAAUAGGCAGGCAGGACUCUAUUUAGCUCCUUUGCUAAAUGUGUUUACCCAUUUACCGUGGGUGCCCGUUUAUUUUUUGGAUAGUUAUAAUAUGUUAUAAUCAACAAAGAAUGCAUACAUACUUCGUAUACGGCUCCCCCCACCCCUUACACUGCUAAGUGCGAAUAGGUUGGACUAACUGUAACUACCACCGCUCGACGGGAGGUUGGCGAAAUAGUUGGAUAAUACACCCGGGGUCUCUGGGUUUUAAACCAUGAUUUAAACCCAUACUUUCCGAUAUUAGGUGGUGGAAAACGGAGUGAAGACUUAUUCAGCAAAUGCGGUGGGUGAAAUUCGCGCGAUCAAACCCUGCAUCAAUUCUGUUGCCCGUUUCUUUGAUGAUAUAUGUAAAUCAUGAUAAAGCAAUCGUGCACAAAUUUUGCUUUAUUACGAUGAUACAUUAACGUCUGUUUUUUUGUUGUAAAAAUUUGUUUAAAUGUUUGUUUUUUUUUUGUAUAAAAAUUAUUACCAUGAUUGUUACAAUUUGUUCUACAAAGCUCUGCGAAACGAAUUGAAAUGUGUAACGAUUCCGUGACUUCAAUAGUGUUUGUUGUCGGAAAACAAUCGGAAGGACGAACUUAAAGGCAGCUUACAGUUGGUUUUGUUUUAUAAUUUGGAUAGUUUCGGUUAGAUGCUUUCGCACGGUUCGGAUUAUGAUAUUCUCGUGUUGUUUUUUUCUUCUCAACAACGCAUUUUUCUCUACAGGCUCUGCCCCAAACCUGACUGCCUUCUCGCUUGCGAACUAUUCGCUCGUGCUGUUGUGUGUACCAUUUUCAACCGUCGUGUUAUUGUUGUUGUUGCUACCGAAAAUGGUUUAACAGAAGUGUGUGUGCGGAAAGAUUGCAGCGAAACAAUCCAAUUUAUAAAAAAAAAUACGGGAAUGCGUUUUGAAGUGGUCGUUUGCGCCGCCACGCGCUUGCGUUCUGUUUGAGCUUAAUUUAGCGCGCCUUGUAAAGGCCAUCUUUAUUGUUAAAACUGACAGCUAAAUGAAGCAAAAAAGCUACUUAUAAAGAAAGUAUUGUUUAAAAAAUACAUACAUACACACACACACCACAUACUCAUACACUGCCACCUGUCUCUGCGCAUCUGUUUAAAUUGCGUAUCGUCCUUAGUCUCGCUCAUCAAAUAGCGCCAACGGAUACUUAUAGUUGAGGAGAGAGAGAGCAGGGGAGAGUGAUCCCUUAGUGUGAGGGAGGAAGCUGCAAGGAUGAUUGUGUAGUAAGGAGAGAACACACAAAUACAGUGCUUCCACCACCAACCAUCGUGUAAAGCGAGGAGCUGCUUGCGAGCUGUUGGGAGAAACGCAGGCAGAAUUUUUUUAAAUUCGGCAAACCCUCCUUAUUAGAAAGAGCAAUGAUAAUGGAAUUGUAAUGAUUUGCAACCAUGUUGACACACAGCAACGGAGGAAACAGAUUGAAGGAGGAGAAGCGAUAAAAAUCGUUUGCGUGCGUGUGAUUUACAUCUGAUGUUAUUAAAGCGAAAUAAAGCGACAGAAAGCUACACCCUUAGCACACGGGGGAGAGGAUAAUGCGGGAACACAUCCUAGUGACUGAGCUAUCUAUUACUUCAAACAA